AUGGACAGCAAGAUUGGAUCACUCAAAAAUCACUACCUAUUCAGACAUAAAAGCCAUCCAAGGCGAUCUCGAAGAAGUGCCAUUCAUAUCACUAAAAGACUUUCCGAUGAUGAGCGGGUGUCAUGGGCAGAACAGCAGUAUGAAAAAAGGCGAACUAAGCGUGCCACCCUGAGAGACUCAGCAGAAAACCUUUUCAAUGAUCCGAUGUGGAAUCAGCAGUGGUAUCUGCAAGAUACAAGAGUAACUCCAUCACUGCCCAAAUUAGAUCUCCAUGUUAUCCCUGUGUGGCAAAAAGGGAUCACAGGAAAAGGUGUUGUCAUCACAGUACUAGAUGAUGGCUUGGAGUGGAAUCAUACUGACAUCUAUGAUAACUAUGAUCCAAAGGCAAGUUAUGAUUUCAAUGACAACGAUCAUGAUCCUUUUCCUAGAUAUGACCUGACAAAUGAAAACAAGCAUGGGACACGGUGUGCAGGAGAAAUUGCCAUGCAAGCCAACAAUAAAAAAUGUGGGGUUGGAAUAGCCUACAAUUCAAAAGUUGGAGGUAUACGUAUGCUGGAUGGAAUAGUCACCGAUGCCAUUGAAGCCAGUUCAAUUGGCUUCAAUCCUGAACACGUGGAUAUUUACAGUGCAAGCUGGGGCCCUAAUGAUGAUGGUAAAACUGUAGAGGGACCUGGCAGACUGGCACAGAAGGCUUUUGAGUAUGGGAUAAAACAGGGCCGAAAUGGAAAAGGCUCCAUUUUUGUAUGGGCUUCUGGAAAUGGAGGUCGUCAGGGUGACAACUGUGACUGUGAUGGUUACACUGAUAGUAUCUACACCAUCUCCAUUAGCAGUGCUUCUCAGCAAGGCCUUUCUCCCUGGUAUGCAGAGAAGUGCUCGUCAACUCUGGCCACAGCGUACAGCAGUGGGGAUUAUACUGACCAAAGAAUUACAAGUGCUGAUCUUCACAAUGAAUGUACAGAGACUCACACUGGGACCUCUGCAUCUGCACCACUGGCAGCAGGGAUUUUUGCUCUAGCUCUGGAAGCAAACCCAAAUCUAACCUGGAGGGAUAUGCAACACUUAGCAGUCUGGACCUCUGAGUAUGAUCCACUGGCUGGCAAUCCAGGAUGGAAAAAGAAUGGAGCUGGGCUCAUGGUAAACAGCCGAUUUGGGUUUGGAUUGCUUAAUGCCAACGCACUGGUGGAUUUAGCUGAUCCUAAAAGAUGGAAAGGUGUGCCAGAAAAGAAAGAGUGUAUUGUCAAAGACAAAAGCUUUGAACCGAGGUAA